CUUAGCAAUGGUAAGCACCAGGCUCCCGUUUCCCAUCCGCCCCCCCUCUCUCCCUCCCCCUUCCCUCCUCUGCCCUUCUUCACUCUCAAACCCUAGCAAAACCCUAACGGGUUCAACCCAAACCCAAACCCAAACCCCUCUCUUCCUCCGCCCGUUAACCCGCUCAGCUACCCCCUCGGACCUCCAAUCCUUCCGCCAAUGGGCCCAAACCCUAGCCCGCUCCCCUUCUCCCCCGCACUCCGCUCUCCUCCGUCGACUCCCCUCACCUCCUCGCGAGCUCCGCUGCUCCUCCAGGACGCACCCAACCGAGCCCUAGCCCUAACCCUAACUCGUCCCCUCCGCUGCGACCUCGACGACCUCUUACUCGCUUUGGCCGCCAGCGGGUCUUCGAUCGGAGGCCCCUCAGCCUACCUCGUCGGCUGCGAGCACUGGGAGGGACCUGGUCUUGUUUGGUUAGAGAGUGGGGUCUUGAUCCCGAGGCCGGAGACGGAGAUGGUCGUCGAUUUGGUUGCUGAGGUUGAGGGUUUCGAGGGGGGUGUCUGGGCGGACCUCGGGACGGGGACCGGGGCUAUUGCGAUCGGAAUUGGGAGGAGGUUGGGGGAGAAAGGUAGGGUUUUGGCGACGGAUCUGAGCGAGGUUGCGGCGGAGACGGCUAGGGUUAAUGUGGAGAGGUAUGGGUUGGAGGGCAGGGUCGAGGUUAGGCAAGGAUCUUGGUUUGAGCCGUUGAGAGAUGUCGAGGGGAAGCUUGAUGGGUUGGUUAGUAACCCCCCGUAUAUACCGAGCAAGGAUAUUGAGGGUUUGCAAGAGGAGGUCGGGAGGCAUGAGCCGAGGCUUGCUUUGGAUGGAGGAGAGGAUGGGGUUGAGUGUCUUGUUCAUCUUUGUGAAGGGGCCGCUUCGGCUUUGAGACCUGGGGGAUUUUUCGCUUUCGAGACCAACGGGGAAGAGCAAACCGACCUUAUUGCAGACUUAUUGAUCACAAAAUGGAGGAAAUACUUCCAUAACAUAAAGACUGUAUCAGACUUUGCUCGAAUCAAGCGAUUUGUGACAGGAUACCGCAGAUGAACAUCAAAUUGGUACAGAAUCCGGCUGUAUUAAUAUUCUUUUGUGUCAAAUGCAAAAUGUAAAGCGAUCCUUGAAAAUUAAGGGCUUUUUGGCUAUCGUAUCUUGUUUGCGUCAAUAAUUCUUGACAAAACCGGGUCAAUUCAAUUUUGCAGCAUUAGGAAUUUUAGUGCAUCUAGAGAUAAAACUACUGUGAUAUUCUUUUAGUGUAAAUUGUAGAUGGGUAUUAGUUUGCUCGUAACUUGUCUACUAUUAGUGCUUAUCAUUUUUGGA